CCGGCGGCUCGCUCCCUCCCGAGUCCCGUCUCGCUUGCGACGGUAGGCGGCAGAAGAGAGGAACGAGAAGGCGAGAACCGGCGGCGGUGUCUCCUCUGCUACCUCCUCCUCGCGAGGCCUGGUUUCGAUCCGAGGGCCAUGGACAACCCCGCGCCACCGCCCAAUGCCACUGCGGGCGCUGGCGCAACGGCGGCCUCGCAAUCGUCGUUGCGGCGGCUGCCGGACUUCCAGCAGUCGGUGCGGCUCAAGUACGUGAAGCUGGGGUAUCACUACCUCAUCUCCCACGGGAUGUACCUCCUGCUCACCCCGCUCAUGGUGCUCGUCACCGUGCACCUCACCACGCUCUCCCCGCGCGACGUCGCCGACCUGUGGGCGCACCUCUGUCUCGACCUCUUCUCCGUGGUGGCGUGCUCCACCCUCCUCGUCUUCCUCUCCACCGCCUACUUCUUCACCCGCCCGCGCCCCGUCUAUCUCGUCGACUUCGCCUGCUACAAGCCAGGGCCGGAGCGACGGUGCACGCGCGACACGUUCAUGCGCUGCUCGAAGCUCAAUGGCUCCUUCACGGACGCCAGCCUCGAGUUCCAGCGCAAGAUCCUCGAGCGGUCGGGGCUCGGCGAGGACACGUACCUGCCUCCCUCCGUGCUCCGGGUGCCGCCCAACCCGUCCAUGGACGAGGCGCGCGCGGAGGCGCGGGAGGUCAUGUUCGGCGCCGUCGACGAGGUGCUCGCCAAGACCGGGGUGAAGCCCAAGGACAUCGGCGUCCUCGUCGUGAACUGCAGCCUGUUCAACCCGACGCCGUCCCUGUCCGCCAUGGUGGUGAACCACUACAAGCUGCGCGGGAACGUCGUCAGCUACAACCUCGGCGGGAUGGGGUGCAGCGCCGGGCUGCUGUCCGUCGACCUCGCCAAGGACCUGCUGCAGGUUCACCGGGGGUCGUACGCGCUGGUGAUCAGCAUGGAGAACAUCACGCUCAACUGGUACUCCGGCAACGACCGGUCGAAGCUAGUGUCGAACUGCCUGUUCCGGAUGGGCGGCGCGGCGGUGCUGCUCUCCAACCGGCGCGCGGACCGGCGGCGAUCCAAGUACGAGCUGGUGCACACCGUGCGGACGCACAAGGGCGCCGACGACCGGUGCUUCGGCUGCGUGACGCAGGAGGAGGACGGCGACGGCAACGUCGGCGUGUCGCUGUCCAGGGACCUGAUGGCCGUGGCCGGGGACGCGCUCAAGACCAACAUCACGACGCUCGGCCCGCUGGUGCUGCCGCUGUCGGAGCAGCUCUUGUUCAUGGCGACGCUGGUCGCCAAGAAGCUGCUCAAGAUGAAGAAGGUGAAGCCGUACAUCCCGGACUUCAAGUUGGCGUUCGAGCACUUCUGCAUCCACGCCGGGGGCCGCGCCGUGCUGGACGAGCUGGAGAGCAAUCUGGCGCUCACGGACUGGCACAUGGAGCCGUCGCGGAUGACGCUUCACCGGUUCGGGAACACGUCGAGCAGCUCGCUGUGGUACGAGCUGGCGUACAGCGAGGCCAAGGGGAGGAUCCGGAGGCGCGACAGGGUGUGGCAGAUCGCCUUCGGGUCUGGGUUCAAGUGCAACAGCGCCGUGUGGAGGGCGCUCCGGUCGGUGAACCCAGCGGAGGAGACGAACCCCUGGAUGGACGAGAUCGACCGGUUCCCCGUGGAAGUUCCCAAGGUUUCCAAGGUUUCCAGCGGCUGAAAUGGACUUGUUCGUCGCUCCUUGACUGGCAUUGUGCAAGCUAGCUUACAAUUCGAUUUCCUUCAGAAUUUGCAAUUGUUGGGAUUUCAGGAUAUGGUGGUAGGAUCGUGAUCAGGAACUGGGAGUUGUGAUCAGAAUUAACGCUUGUUAUUUCCAUAUGACACUCAUUUGUACCCGAUUGUGACACAUUAUAUGACCUUUUUGUACGCUCAACUGUUCUGAGCAUAGUCA